UUACUAUGCUAUCGCGGCUAGGAGACAGGGGACUAAUGUUGAAGACUACCUUUUGGGUAGACGGAAUAUGCAAGUGAUUCCGAUAAGUUUCUCCCUUGUGGCUUCAGCAAUUUCCGGAUCAUCUAUGCUUGGUCAGAGUACAGAAGUCUAUACUUAUGGUCUUCACAACUGGAUUUUUCUAGUUUUUGGAUUAGUCCGAACCAUAUUAAUUCACUUCAUUUUUCUACCAGUUUUCUACGAACUCCAAGUAGUAUCGAGCUUUAUGUAUUUAGAACGUCGUUUUGACCGUACUGUAAGAUUAUUUGCAAGUGCAGUGUACAUCUUUUCGGGAUUAUUCUUUAUACCUUUAACCAUCUACGUACCCUCAUUGACCUUUCAAGAAGUCACUGGGGUGAACAUUUACGCUACAGCUGUGAUUAUCAUGAUCUUGUGCAUUUGGUAUACGGCGGUUGGGGGCAUUAAGGCUGUGGUUUGGACGGAUAUGUUCCAAUUAAUACUGAUGUUGGCAUCUACGUUACUGGUACUGUGUGUUGGUUGGUACAACGUAGGAGGAUUAGAAAAUAUCUGGCAGGCGAUGGAUCGUGGUGGAAGGCUUGUCUUUUUUAAACUAGACUUUGAUCUCGAAGCUAGAGGAACCAUAUGGGGAUAUAUCUCUAGUAUAAUGUUCAUCUCAAUCUAUUACAUUGGGAUGAAUCAAAGUAGUAUUCAACGAUACUCAUCGCUUCCAACUUUGCGGAAAGCCAAACAGAGUUUAUGGAUACAGCUAGUCCUUUACCUUAUAAUUACUUUAAUGGAACUUGUAAUUGGGGCAAUUAUGUACACAGCCUAUGAAGACUGUGAUCCCUACAGUAUUGGACGGAUUAAGAAGGUGGAUCAAAUUUUACCGUAUUUCGUACAAGGGAGAGCAUCACUUUUUCCUGGCUUCAAUGGGAUUUUCAUAGCAGGGAUUUUUGCGGCAGGACUCUCAACAACUUCAACACUCUUAAAUACAAUGAGUGGAACAAUUUACAGUGAUUUUAUAGCUUCAAGACUUAAACGUAUAACUGAAGAAAAGGCUAAUCGUAUUCUAAGAGUUCUAGUAGUCGUUCUCGGUACUAUAGGGACGCUUAUGAUCUUUCUAAUAGAAAGAAUGGGAACGAUUUUUACAAUCACCUUCCGAAGUCUCAGCAUUUUAACAUCAACAAUAUUUGGACUUUUUAUUUUGGGAAUACUCAUUCCACGUGUAAACAGCAAGGGCGUGAAGUAUGGCGUUCCCAUAUCUGCGCUUGUUGUACUGACCUUAUUGAUUGGCAGCUUUAAAAUGAAAGAUCCUUUCCUUCCAAUGAGAACUGAUGGAUGUCUAAAGGACGACAACCUAAAGCAGUUGUAUCAAUCACGAAUAAUAUCUAACACAUCAGUAGUAAACCAGCAGACAGAUUUACCCUGGGUAUUCAAAAUUAACUAUCAAUAUCAGACGUUUAUCGGACUUUUCUUAAACAUAAGUAUUAGCUACUUGGUCAGUAUUUUUACUGAAAAAGAAGAAGUACGAGAUCAGCGACUUUUGGCAACUUUUAUGAGAAAGAUUAUUCCACAAACUCCACUUUUGCAAAACACUAAUCACAGAGCUACAGCAAUGUGAAGAAAUGGUUGGUUUUUGGUAGUUACAAAAGUGCCAAAUGAAAAUCAAAUAUUCUAUAGGGACACCUCCUGUAAUCGCCAGUGGAAAUUUAUUUCACCUCAAGAAGAAAAACAAAUUUUCUGUCUUGCCCAGAACUUUCGGUCCGGAUGUAGACCUUCUUCAGUGGUCGACUAGACUAUGUUUUUUGAUUUCCUGAAGUUCGUUAUGUUUGGAAAAAUAGAGGAUCAUCACCGGGGUAUGAAUUCUGAGAUUCGUGAGUUACUCACAUGAGAAAUUCACGACUCUGAAAUCAGCUUUAGUAAGCGUUUAAUCAAGUCUUCGGAAAAACUAUACUGUGCUUCCUUAGGUACUGUAUGAGUUUUACAUGACACUUUACUUGAAAACUUAUCGAAACUCUUACAAAAGACGAUUUAAAAGCCAUGAAUUUCUCACGUGAAAAACUCACGCAUCUCAGAAUUCAUACCCAGUAGUAAUCACUUGGGAAGGUUUUAACUAUAAGAUAAUUACUUUUCUUGUUACUUUUCUUAAUUUUCUUUUUGCAAUUGUGUCUUUGAUGUGAUUUGAUUUCUCAAGUGAUUACUGCUGGUUAAUCCUCUAUUUUUCCAAAAAUAACUAAAUUCAGGAAAUCAAAAAACAUAGUCUAGUCGACCACUGAACAAGGUCCACAUCCGGACCGAAGGCUCUGGGCAAGACAGAAAAUUUGUUUUUCUUCUUGAGGUGAAAUAAAUUUCCACUGGCGAUUUUCGGAGGUGUCCUCAUAUCCAUCACGCCAGCUCAUUGUCCAAUGAAAAUCAAAUAGUAAAUAAUUUUAAACGAGAUUAAUUUUUUAUGCAAUGAGAGUGCAAUAUUCUGGAAUUUUGGAAAUAUUAGAAGUUUCAAUUAUUUUUCUAGCUAAAAUAAAAAUGAUUUUUACAAAUGAUUAUUGUGUACAUGUUGUUAUACUUUUGUAUGAUUAAGAGUUUCAAUAAAACAAAUCAUACAAAAAAAAA